UAUUUUGCAUCCAAGUCUUUUUUUAGUGCGGCAUCUUUCAAUUCUGUCUCUUUCUGCUGUCGCUUUUGUUCGUUGCUAUAGUUGUGGCUUUAUUCUUUCUUUCUGUAACUUUGCGACGGUUCAUUUCCACUCGAUGGCCGAAGAAGCACCCGCACUCAAGAAGGACUCUACCAUGGUUGUGACUGCUAAGGAGGGAGAACAGUUUCUUGAAGAGCACGGAAAGGUUCAUGAAGAUGUAAAAACGAGAGCACAACAGAAAGAACUUGAGGAAAGCGAAGAUGACGCCGCUAGCAAACUGAAAAGAACUUCGACUAUGGCUGCGACCGCACAGGAGGGAAGCGAUCUCCUUGGAGAUGAAGAACGCGGUAAAACGCGAUCAGUGACUGCGGCUAUGAAAGAGACGGAUGAAGGCGAUCAAGAGGAAAGCGGAGAAGACGACGACGAUGAAGAAGAAGAAGAAGAACCGAACGGAAACUCCGAAGAGGAUGGAGGAGAUAAACCAGCUGUCAAACGCGAUGGAACUAUGGUUGUGACCGCUGCGGAAGGUGAAAAGUUUUUGGAAAACGAGGGCCAUACGGUUGACGGUGGAACACGUGGGGAAACCGAAGCAGUGAAAGCAGCUAUCGAAGAAACCGAAGCCGAUAAACAGAAUGGUGAUAAAGAAGAUGAUAAACCAGACCUGAAACGGAAAGGAACUAUGCAAGAAACUGUCGAGGAGGGUGAAGAAUAUUUGAAAAGGCAGAAAACUACUAAUGGAGAUCACCAAGAGGAAGUCAAAGCUUGAUCUUCACUGUACUUUAAAUGUUGCAACUUUUACGACUGCAUGACAAUUGGACAGAUCUUGUACAGUAUAUACAACAGUAGAGCAUAUGUAACAUUUUUAAGCAUGGCCAUAUACAGCUUCUAUUUAGCAUAAUAGUUAUCUAUCAUUUAAUGGUUUUCCUAAAAUGGAUUUGUCAUUUUCUACCCAGAUCAAAUAGACAACUUUGAACCAAUUUUAUGCUCUUAUCUUUCCUUUUCCCUUCCUUGAGAAAUCAAUCCUGAGAUUCUACAGAACCUUUUUUCUGUAUUAUAAUAAAAUAGGAGACUUUGGAGUUUUGGUAAUUGGGUUGGCAAAGGGCUUGAUUUAAUUAAUUUCUUUGAUGGAUCAAUCCUAGGUACUUGUUAUGAUUUUGAUAUAAAUUGAAACAGACUGGUGACAAAAAUUAUAGUAAUAUCAGUAAGGGAAUUUUUGGUCGGACUAUGUGACCAAAUUCUCUUCAUUAGUCAACAAGGAUUGUAUUGCCAUCAGCUAGGAGAAUUAAGUUUUUAGAUCUUAAGGGGAUAGAAGGUUAUGUCUUAGUGAAGGAUAACUUUGUUUUCUUUUCAAAAGAAGUUGAAACUUAAGGAAAAUUCUAGUGUUUUCUCUUACUUUUAUGGAUAAAUAAUUAAGGGUUUUGAGAUACUUGCUCAUUGAAAUUUUCAGUCAAGGAAUUAAGAAAAAUUUAUAGUGUGUGAUAAAGUCCAUUUUAUUUUCCAAACUCCCCUUUCCCAAGUCCUUAACAGGUGUCUCCUUUGGGAAUUUAUGGAUUUAUUUUCUUAAAAGUGCUAUUUGCUACCCCUGUGUAUGGUAACUCAAAGCCUAUUCAUAUUGUAAACUUUUAAGCUUUUAUACUUUUUAAAAGCCACAUACAACAUCAAACAGACAGCAGAAAAGUAGCUCAUUAAAGUGUUCUUUUUGGAUAA